AUGGAUUUAAAAUAUAAUAUUUCAUCAUUUUUACCAGUUGUUGUCCAAAAAAUAAUAUUAGAAAUAAUAAUUUAUAAUUUUAAUAAAGAAAUAAGACAGCUUAGUUUUAAUGAAUGGAGUUUUGAUUCUAUUCCUCUUUCAACAGUAGAGAAAUAUGAUAUACUGGUUGAUGCCAGUAAAUUAAAAAGUUAUAAAAGUAUAAAUUACAACAAUAAUAAUAAUAAUAAUUGCAAUAAUAAUAAUUAUACCAAAAAUAGAUGUUUUUAUGGGGGUAGUAAUAAUAUCAGUCUUAAAAUUGAUAACCUCGCAUUUGUAUGCAAGAGUUGGUUCAAGAUAGUUUCCCAGGGUGUAGAUAGUAGACAAAUUGAUUUUAAUUUUCUAAUAGAACAACAGCAUAAUCAAUACCAACAAUCACCACAACAGCAGCAACAGGUAAAAUCUUUAAUCCUAGCAAUAUACAAAAAAUUAAAACUUAAAAGUGAUCCUAGUACCAUUAGCCCAUUCCAAGAUAAUAGCUUCAAAAAUAUUCAGUAUUUAAAAAUAAACUUAAAUAUUCAAAAACUAGUGGAGGCCAAGGAUCAAUAUUUCGAAAAGCUAAACAACUAUAUAAAACAAUUUAUUAAUUUAAAAAAAAUUUACAUAAACUAUAGCUAUGACGAGAUUUAUUCUUUACAUGGUCAAUUUAGGUUUCAAAUAUUAUUUUUGUCCCUGUUAAAAAGAAUCCAAUUUAGAAAUAUAGAAUUUAAAGAAUAUACUACUGAUGUAGAAAAAAUAAAAACCAUCGAUAUCAACAGCUACAAUAACAAUGAUGAUAAUAUUGAAGAAAUUCCAAAAUAUCAAAGUUUUUUAUCAAACUGUUUUAAAUUUGGGUAUUAUAAAAUUAUGAAUCAUGGAGAUGAAUUUAUUUGUACAAAUAGUUUUUCCAUAAACUUUUUAAAAUGUGGUUGUGCUCUAACUUUUUUAGAUUUGAUAAACAAUUUCUCAAUUAAGAAAGUUCACUUUUUGACCACAGAUUCAUCUAACCUUUCCUUCAGGAAUGUUUUUUGUUAUCAAUUCCAAGAUGAACUAUCAAUAUACGACUCACAAAAAACUAUACCAAAUAUCGAUAAUACAAUUCAAAAUAGGAAAGAACUAGUUUACUUAAUAGAAGAGUUUUUAAGUACUCCAAAUUUUAAGAAAUUCAAUACAGUCAUAUCAAUUAAAACUCAGAUACUCACAAUAGAGAAUUUAUAUUUUAUUUUAAAAUUAUUCCCCAACUUAAAAUAUCUAAACAUCACCAUUUGUCUUUACUCUUUAGUUUACAAACUAACAUGUAGCCAUUCCAUUGAUAUCAAGAACUGCGACUGCAACGAUCUAUCCAGUAUAGACCAUCAUGAUGAAUGUUUCAAGUUGUACUGGAGCUCUAUCGAAAGAAUGAUCAAGAGCCAUACCUCAUUAAAGCAUCUAACCAUAAACCACAUCUGCCCCGCUAGCAACUACAGAAAUAACUGCUGUCACUCAAACUAUCAAGGAGAGCUCGAAUACAACCAGGGUUUUAAUAGGAUAGCAGAAACACUAAUUGAAAAUAAAUCAAUAAAAACUUUAGAAACCAGUUUUAUCACUUCAAUCCAGUUUUUAGAACCAAUUUUAAAACAUAGCUCAAUUUUAAAAUAUCAUCAAACUUUUUCACACAACGAAAGCAUAUCUAAAGACAAGUAUUUGGAUCAAGUUAAAAAUACUAUAAGUUCUUUACCCGUAUACAUAAAAUAUGAUCAUUUUACCAUACCAAACAAUUAA